ACAAAAACAUCCGCAGCCCCCCGAAAUCCGGAGGACGAGGGCGAGGAGGGAGGGGCGGAGUGGGUGAUUGCAGACGAUAUGCAACAUUAGGUGUAGAAAAAUAUCAUUUCUAGCCAUUAUGGCACGUAAAAAUUACUACUUUUACUUCAUGGCGCAUUGAAAACUAGAAGGGUUCCUCAAAAAGAGGGGCGUCAGUAUGGCUCGUCAAGUAGUGGCGACAAUUGCCAUACUUUUCGCCCUGUUUGCAGUGUUCUGCAUUGUUCAGGGUUCUGAGGGAGACCAGUCCCCUUUCUAUCGCAACUGCAUAGACAAGUGCAUUCAAGCAAAUUGUACCAAAGGUGGUAAAUUUUCCAACACAAGCAAUGUUCAUUAUUCAACAUUAGAUACCAUAAUUGGGUGGACUUGUCAAGAUGAAUGCAGGUAUACAUGUAUGUGGCCAACUGUUGAAGCGUUCCGAGGAAGAAAGUGGAAUGUUCCGCAGUUCCAUGGCAAGUGGCCCUUUGUUCGUGUUUUGUGCAUGCAAGAAGUGGCAUCUGUCACAUUUUCCAUCUUAAAUUUCAUUGUUCAACUCAAUGAAUGGCGGAAGUUCCGGAAAGAAGUCAACCCUGACUAUCCAUUUUAUUGGAUGUGGUCAUUCUAUGUGAUGAUCUGUCUUAAUUCAUGGGUAUGGUCUAUUGUCUUCCAUGCACGGGAUACUUCAUUUACUGAAAUUAUGGAUUAUGUGUCAGCCUUUUCAGUAGUGACAUAUUUUUUGUUCUGUUUUGGGGCAAGAGUUGGAAGCCAUUUAUUCCGAGGAGCAACUGUUGUCCACGCAUGUCUUUGCAUUGCACUGUAUGUCUUCCAUGCAACAUAUUUAUUAUUUGUGAAGUUGGAUUAUGGUUACAAUAUGAUUGUCAACAUAAGUGUUGGUGGUAUAACAUCUAUUGUCUGGUUUGCCUGGUGUGUUAAAAAGCAGAGAGAAUUACCACACACUCACUAUUUGAUGCAUUUUUUACUCGGUUUGUGGGCAACAAUGCUUUUUGAGAUUCUUGACUUCGAACCAAUUUAUUGGAUUUUUGAUGCUCAUGCCAUUUGGCAUUGCACAACAAUUCCAUUGCCAUACCUGCUUUUUAGAUUUGUGAAAGCUGACUGCAAGUACUUACACAAGGAGAAAGAGAAAAAUAUUUGAUUAUUGCUUUUUUUCUUUAGAAGCUUAAUGCCUAUCUAAAGACAGUCUUAAAUGUUUUUGAAAGUAUUACCAAAGGACUGAAUAUGCAGAUCGUUUUAAAUCUGCCUAUGUGACACUAGUCAGUUGUGGGCUUAGUGUACUUGUGUAAACACUGCAUGUGCGAGAUGUGAAAUCAAACAAUGGAUGUGAGUUUGCAGAUUUAAUCCAAGAAAGUAGUUGUUUCAUUUUCUGCUUUUAAAUUGCGCUGUAUGGUUUUGAACACCAAUUGGACACAGUUACCCGCACUUCUUUGGUCACAUAAAAAUAACUAUUACAGAAAAUUCAUUUUAAAGGUAAAAUCAGAUGAAUUUUUGUAAGACCACAGUCCAUUCUAUUUCUCUGCAGCUAAUGUCUGUUGUUUGAGUUUGGUCCCAUAGUCAACAAAAGCCAUAAAUACCAAGUCAUAUUUUGUUUUUCUUCUCUCUUUCUUUAACACUAAAAUUUCUCUUAUAUAAUUGUGAAGUCUAUGUAUGCAUUUAAUGUUGGCAUUUAAUUUUUGUCUAGAACUCAUCUUCUAUAAGUAGUGCCUUUUCUUAGCUGUAACUUGCAAGGGGAAUGCUACCUUUCCUGUGACUUAGUUUGUUUCAACAAGUUUACAGUCAGAAUUUGAGUCUGUUUCAUGAAAAUUUUACAAGUUAUUUGACUUGAUUUCAGUUUUAAAAUUGGAAAGGAUUUAGUAUUUGCCUGUAAAGCUACCAUUUCAUUGUAGUGCCUUUCUCAUUCUUCUUAUUAUAACUAUCGUUGCACCCUCUUUCAUAUUUUAACUAUUACCUGUGACACUUGUUAUGUUUGGCUUCACUCUUGGUUGUAAUCCAUGAGUUAAAAAUUUAUAUCGUCUUUACUUUCUUAUCAAUUAGGUGUGGUGCAGUACCAUUCCACCCAUAAGUUACAGUAAAAGUCUGUUGUAGCAAAUUGCCCAGAUAUUUUUUUUGUUAAAUUUGUUAUUUUGUGGAUUGUGGAUGCGAGGAUGGCUGCUUCUUGCUCCAUCUGUCUUUUGGAUGUAUCGUGUCCAAGGUUAAUUGUGUUGUUAAUUUUGUUCUUUGUUUGCAAUGAAUGAGUCCUCUGUUUAUGUCUCUUCCCAAUUUGACAGAGCUCUAGGGAGAUAACCUGUAUAAUGUAUUUUUAUUUUAUUUCUUACUUGAUGUUUGUUGUACUUUAUGCAUGAAUGUGAAAUAGGUAUUCAAGCACAAACUGACUGCAGCACCCACUGGCUAAAAAAAUGUGGAUCACUUACUUUAAAUUAACCUUCUGAACAUGUAUGUGUUCAAUAUGAAUUAUCAUUUUUAAGCUAUGCCCAGAUUGCACUGAAAUGAGUCUUUGUGUUCAGUCCAAAAAUUUUUUUGGUGCUUUGGGACCCAAUGACAGAUUUUUAUUAAAUUCUUAAUAAAAUGGAUAAUAUGA